AUGAUCUUCCAGAGAGGCAGAUAUGAGUGGACAUACUUGAGAUUCCAAGAUUUCAAGUCAGUGUCUGAGUACAACUCAACGAUGCACAAAACUACCUCUGUGAUGAAGUUGUGUGAGGAGAAUAUCUCUAAGGAGGAUAUGCUUGAAAAAACCCUCAGUACUUUUCAUGCCUCAAAUGUGCUCCUGCAGCAACAAUAUAGGCAUAGUGGUUUUACAAAGUACUCAAAGCUAGUAUUCUGCCUCUUAUUGGCCAGGCAUAACAAUGAGCUUCUAUUGAAAACUCAUCAAUCUCGCCCAACAAGCUCAGCACCAUUCCCUGAAGUGAAUGAUGCAUCUCAGGAAGUAAAUGCCACCUUCUCUCAAGGCAAUAUCCACAGACAUAGGCGAGGAGGUAGGCGUGACCGCUGGCAAGGGAAUAGAAAAGAUCAUGGUACCCAUUCUUAUGGCUUGGGUCCAAGGAGCCAUCCAGCCACGAGCUGA